AUGGCUUUUGAGCUUCACAGGCUCGAUGAAUUGGCACCUUCUGUGGAGACCUGGAAAGUUGUGGUGAAGGUCGACAGGGUGUUCACUAGGACUGAGUAUGAUGUUACUGAGAAGGACUUGGGAUAUCCGAAGAAGCUAAUCUCUCUAGAUAUGAUAGUGUUUGACGAACAGGUAUUGCAUCUAUGGGGAGAUAUGGUACGGUGUGUUCUUUUCGGUGACUCUGCUAAUGAGGCAUGGAAGAGUUAUCUGCCUUUGAAAAGAAUGCAUAAACUUGUCACUCUGAUCAACUAUGCAGUGGUGAAUAGGCAGCACGGGAAGUUUUGCCUCAAGAACUAUGUGAAUGCAACAAAGGAAGUCAAUGACUCAACUGACAGAUGGAGAAUUACAGUUCGUGUGAUCAGGAGGUGGAAUGUCUACAAGAAGGAGUCUCCUACUGAGGUUUUUUAUGUGUCCAUGCUACUGAUAGACGAAGAGGGGACAAGAAUCCAAGCUUCUAUCAUGAACAAAAACCUAUUUGAUCGUUUUAGUGCCAUGGCAGUGGAAGGGAUAACUUAUUUUAUGGCUAAUUUCGUCGUCUCUCCAAAUAAUAAGGAGUACAGGGCAACAAACCAUGCUUUCAAACUGACACUAGGUACUUACACAUAUGUGAAGGAAGUACUUGCCCAAAUACCUGAAUACUCUUAUCAUUUCUUCCCUAUUCAUGACAUAAUUAAGAUGAAGGAGAGCAACCAUGUUGACUAUCUUAUUGAUGUCAUUGGAUUCGUUGCAUCAAUUGGGCAUCUAGAGGAGUACAAGUCUAACAAUGAGAUCAAGAACAAAUUGCGAUUGUUGCUGGUAGAUGAGCUUGGCAAUACUGUGGGUUGCGUUCUUUAUGAUGACUGUGCAACCAAUGUCUGCAUGAUGGAUAUUAGCACCAUGCAAUCUCCUGUUGUGAUGAUUAUGCAGCUUGGAAGGAUUGGAUUUGAUGAUGAUGGUAUGGCUGAGAUUUGCAGCUCAUACCAUGCCACCCAGAUUUCAUGCAAUCCAAAGUUUCCAGAAGUCAAGCAUUUUAUCGAUAGUGCUACCACAUUACCCUCUCCUACUAUCAGCACAAUCUCUCAUAUUGCUACUACACCAUCAAAUGAUCAGUCUGCAACUAGCCUGCUCCGUAACCAUCCUUUGAUUUUUGUUGCAGACAUAUGCAAUCAGCCAGCUGAUUCGUUCUUCCUCAUAAAGUGCUUAGUAGUCAAAGUUGACACGAGGCAUGGCUGGUGCUAUGAAGGUUGCUCCAGGUUAAGGGUCCACUACACGGUUGAGGAUUCAUCUGGCAAGGCAACUGUAGUCUUCUUUGACAAACUUGCUUCUAAUUUCUUCCAAAAGACUGCACUUGAGAUGAAUCACACUCUUAUUAAGGAGGAACGUGAAUAUGAUUUUCCUGAUGAGCUAGACCUAAUGGUUGGAAAGACGGUGCUGUUGAAACUUAAGCUGAACAAGUAUAACGUUGACUUCCCAAAUUCUGGCAUAUCUGUUGCAUCAUUCACACAGUGCACUGAUUUGAUGGAUGAAUUCAAUGAGGUUAGCGAUCAGAACACCCAUGCUGAAGAAGAGGCCACUGACACAGUCGUUCCUGAAUCUGUCACUGCUGACCCACUAGUAUUGAAUGAAGUUACUAAUGUUGCCAUCGACGAGAAUGAUGAAGACAGCCCCGGCAUUGAGGAGAUACCUCUGUCUAGGAUAGCUGGCCCCUCAACUUACAGGCCAAAGAGGAAGGUAGCUGGGAAGAGGAUCAUUGGAGUUAAGGAGAAAUGGGUUCGUUCACCCAAUGCCUCACCUAUCAAGACAUCGUCCAAGCCUUUAAAGAGCAUCAAGCAAGAGAAGAACUGA